AUGGAUCACCACCAGAUGCCCCGCGGGAACGAGGGCUUCUCCAACAAUAAUCUGUUCGGCGAUAGUCAGCAGUACAAUGCAUAUGACAAUCUCUUCCAGACUGGAAACGAGCAGAGUCCGUAUGAUGCUAGCUGGGGCGUAAACGCCAGCAACUUCCCGGCCGUGUCACGCACCCAACCCCAACACCUGUCUGCGCCAAGCUGGCCGCAGAAUGCGAAUCAUCUUUCGUCCUCCCACAUCAGCGGCCAGCAGUCACCGUACUCACGCCCUCUCUCCCACAGUCCAGCCCCGUAUCCGCAGAACGCAUUCAAUAGUUACGGCGCGCAGCAGGGGUUCCACUACCGUCAACCACAGUACGACCCGUCUGUCGUCACACCCCAGAGUCUGAAUCAGAACUUCAGUCCCUACUCGACAGCAAACUAUGCAACCAACAAUGGCGCCACAAUCGCACCACACGCAUUGCAGCACGAGAACCGCUCGCCAGCCUACGGUCACAACCCUUAUGGAACACCGACAUUCCCUGCGAACAAUGCCCGUCCACCCAGUGCUGUCCAGCCGGCAACUGUCGACCAGCACAAGCUUGUCGCCUCUAUCCCGGCAGCAAACAAUGCUGGCUUCUUCUCCAUCGUCAACUUCGAUGACCUGUCUCGGGCCACGAAGUCCGAGCGCAUGGGCAGUUUUCUAAAUAUCGGUACCGAAGCACAGAACUGGGAAGUCAAUCGCGCUGCACUACCGGCGUACGUUCCACGUAAGUCUCGCAAGGAGUUGUGCAAGGCCGCUGGCAGCGACCCAAAGCUUCUGGCCAAGCUCCGGAAGAAGGUGGUGAAGCGAGAGAAGCCUUCAAUCAUCGCUCCCCGCACCGCCUUGCCCACUUCCACGGCUGGCCAGCCUUUCAACGGCAACAUCAAAUACGAAGGCGACUCCUCAAGUGCUGAAGAGUCUUCUUCUGAAGAUGAUGAUGACGACUCCUCCUACUCCUCUGAUGACAAUGUUGAGUCCGCUCCACUGCCCGCCAAGCGCCCAGACUCCCCGAAAGCUGCAACCGAGUACGACACCAUCAAAGCUCUCUGGCGCAGCAAGCGCCGCUCACCAACGUCCGAGAGCAUCAGGAAGGGUCUUGUUGACUUCUGGGAGAUCGCAAAGACCGUCCGAGAUCGGUGGAAGGCCGACACUGCAGCAGUCACUGACGCCGAGGAGAAGAAGCGGGUGAAUGAGAUCCCGCUGCUGAAAAGCCGAGUCAAGGAUCAGCGUGACAUGAUGGAGACGGCCUUCACGGCUGCUUUGCAGCACGGUCACCGCGACAUUGUUGAGCUAUUCUCGCAGAACCAAGCCUUGAUGUUUCUCUGCUACCAAUUCCUACUCGACCGCCAAAAGGAAGAAGAUUUCAAUGGCCCGCUCUCACGCGCGAUACUGGAGGUCGUGUCGAUGUCCACAACGAUGAAAGCGGAGACGUUCGAGAAAGUCCAUCUUGCCAAAGUCGUGCCUCGCUUUGUCAGGCGAGGGGACGUGAAGACGCAGUACUUUGCGAAGAAGAUCGUUGCGAACGCGUCUGCCCCAGAUGCCGACAAUGGUGCUGCGACGGAUGCGAAGAAGGUGGCUGCCAAGGUCGGUGCUGGUUCGCCACCCGGGAAGCGCGCGGAGCCAGAAUCUGUCGCUGGAGUCAAGCGUGCUGCAGCCGCAGCUGGAGAAGGGUCUGCGCCCAAGAAGGCCGCAACAGUAGCUAGCAAACUGAAUGGCGGUCUUACGGCAAGCAAGCUGAACUCGGCGUCCAAGAAGCCGUCUUCAUCUGUAGAUGCAGCGAAAGGCACAGCGCCGGCGCCGGCAGCAGCUGUCAAAGCGAAGCAAGUCACCGCGAAGCCAUCGAAUUUCUUUGCGAGCCUCCAGUCAGCGUCUAAAAAGCCGAAUGCAUCCAAUGCGAGCAGGCCCACGGCCGGCGCGAUGUCGGGACCACGAUCAGUAUCGGCAACGCAAUCAAGCGCGCCCAAGUCGACUUUCUCUUUCACCGAGACCAUGGCCAACCUGUCCAAGCCGAAGGAAGAGAAGCCUGCCGCCAAGCCAGUACAACAGGCCAUCAAGGAGACACCGGAGGAGAAGACGAAGCGCCUUAGGAAAGAGUCACGUCGCCAUCUCCACGUCCGGUUCAAGAAGGACGACGAGCUAACCGAAGUACGUCUUUUCUCUCACGAUCCAGAUGAGGAGCGUGGCCACAACGCCAGCGAAAUGCGCGACGUGGACGAUGUCGGUGGAGAGGGCCGCAUGUUCAAGCAACAGCACAACCUGAUGGAAGUCGAUGAAGAAGAGGAGGCGCCUGUCGAGACGGAGGAGAAGCUGGUCGAGUACAAGGCGCCUAGCGAGAUCGACUUCAUGGAAGUCGACGAGGGAUCACGCGAGCUCAACUACAAGCCAUAUGGCGGUGGCGUGCUCGAGCCGGAAUCCGAGGAGCGUGCGAAGCGUAAAGAUUAUGAGGAUAACAAUCUCAUGGUCUUCUACGCGAAUCCAAGCGACAUCCCUCCGAAUCCACGUGAGCCGUAUGAUCCGUACAACGGCGAGACGGUCACCAUGAAGCAGAUCGCCCCGCCGGAGGAGAAGUGGGCUAUCCGGGCCAGGCAGACGAAGGUUGCGCAGAAACAGCGGCAGUACGGCAGCGCGCCACAGCCGACGAUGGGCCAGAACACAGCACAGCCGUUCGAUCUAUCGAAGCUCUACCUCGGGAACCAGCAGUACGGCCAGCCCGCACAGCAACAGCAAGCUCCCACCGGGGUUAGCCCCGACCUCGCGGCCCUGCUCGCCCAAUUCAACCAACCAGCCGCCAACCAAGCCGCACCUCCGCAGCCAGCAAUGGGUGGUCACACACCUCAGUUCCAACCCUCUGUCCCACCCAUGCAACAGCAGGCCCCUCAACAGACCCAACCGACCAUCGACCUCGCGGCCAUCCUCGCCUCUAUCAACAACAAUAAUCAGCAACAAAACACCGUCCAGACAGCCUACAACUACAACAACGCCGCUGCACCGAGCAUGCCAGGCUCCUCAGGGGUCUACGAGAACCCAGACCGCAAGCAGUGGCGUGAAGGAGGGGCAAAGAAGCCGAAUGGGGGUAAUGCGGAGCAGAGGAACUACAAGACGAAGGUGUGCAAGUAUUGGUUGGAGGGGAAGUGUCAGAAGGGGAGUGGGUGUACUUUCAAGCACGAGAGUUGA